CAUACAUCUUACCAUUACUUCCGUACUACGUACUCCCUUUCCCCGAAGAUUGUGGGGUUGUUAGCCCUAAUCGCGCCUCUCGUCCCAAGGUUCCUAGACUAUUUCUAUCCCCAGACUCCCUUCUCUCUUUUCUUCCUCCACUCUUUUUUUUCUUCCUUCCUAGAAACUCUCCCCUCUUACCCCCGGUGUCGUUCAUCAUGUCCGCCUCCGCUCUCUUGAGAAGUCGUGUCCGCCGACCCUCCUACCUGAGCAAGUUGGCCAAGGCCGAGGACCUCGUCCAUCUCUUUCCCAAUGGCACUUAUAUCGGCUGGUCCGGAUUCACGGGUGUUGGGUAUCCCAAGAAAGUCCCUACCGCCCUGGCUGACCACGUCGAGAAGAACAACCUGGAGGGCCAGCUGAAGUACACCCUCUUCGUGGGUGCCUCGUCCGGCGCGGAGACCGAGAACCGCUGGGCUCGUCUGAACAUGAUCGAGCGUCGCAGCCCGCAUCAGGUCGGCAAGGAGAUCUCCAAGGGUAUCAACAAUGGCCAGAUCAAGUUCUUCGAUAAGCAUCUGAGCAUGUUUCCUCAGGAUUUGACCUAUGGCUGGUACACUCUGAACAAGCCCAACAACAAGCUCGACGUGGCCGUCAUCGAAGCCUCCGCCAUCACGGAAGACGGCGGCAUCAUUCCCGGCGCUUCCGUCGGCGCCUCGCCCGAGCUGAUCAAGAUGGCCGACAAGGUCAUCAUCGAAGUCAACACGGCCAGCCCGUCCUUCGAAGGCCUCCACGACAUCACCACCUACGAGGCCCCCCCGAUGACCAAGCCCUACCUGAUCAUGGCGCCCGAAGACCGCAUCGGCACGCCCUACAUCCCCAUCGACUCCGAAAAGGUCGUCGCGAUCGUCGAAUCCGACUACCCCGACCAGACGGCCCCCAACGCCCCCGAAGACGAGGGCUCGCAGGCCAUCGCGACCAACCUCAUCGAGUUCCUCAAGCACGAAGUCGACCAGGGCCGUCUCCCCAAGAACCUCCUCCCCAUCCAGUCCGGCAUCGGCAACAUCGCCAACGCCGUCAUCGGCGGCCUCUCCAAGGGCGGCGCCGAUUUCCACAACCUCAAAGUCUGGACCGAAGUCCUGCAAGACUCCUUCCUCGACCUCUUCGACAGCGGCAACCUCGACUUCGCCACCGCCACCUCCAUCCGCUUCUCCCCCGACGGCUUCAAGCGCUUCUACGACAACUGGGAGCGCUACGCCGGCAAGCUCCUCCUCCGCAGCCAGUCCAUCUCCAACUCCCCCGAGAUCAUCCGCCGGCUGGGCUGCAUCGGCAUGAACACGCCCGUCGAAGUCGACAUGUACGCGCACGCCAACUCCACCUGCGUGCUCGGCUCGCGCAUGCUCAACGGCCUCGGCGGCUCCGCCGACUUCCUCCGCAACUCCAAGUACAGCAUCAUGCACACGCCCUCCACCCGGCCCUCCAAGACCGACCCCACGGGCGUCUCCUGCAUCGUCCCCUUCUGCACCCACAUCGACCAGACCGAGCACGACCUCGACGUCGUCGUCACCGAGCAGGGUCUGGCCGACGUGCGCGGCCUGUCCCCGCGCGAGCGCGCCCGCGUCAUCAUCAAGAAGUGCGCUCACCCCGACUACCAGCCCAUCCUCACGGACUACCUCGACCGCGCCGAGUUCGAGUGUCUGAAGAAGGGCAUGGCGCAUGAGCCGCACCUGCUGUUCCAGGCUUUCAAGAUGCACCAGAACUUGCAGGAGAACGGCACGAUGAAGAUUAACAGCUGGGAUAGGACCGGAGUAAUGGUCAUGGAGUAUCCAUCUUAUAUCAUGGACUAG